CGCCCACUGACUGACGGCUCUGGCCGCAGCGCCUCGCCGAGACCCGGCUGCUUGGAAGCGGCGCAGUGGCCGCGGCAGCGGAUCCGACGGUGCAGCCGGCUGCCGGGUCUCCCGCCUGACGGAAGCCGCCGGGAUGCCUUAAGGCCUCCAGGUUGCCCCAGAGGACUCAUCCUUGGUAGAGGUCGCGUGUGUGGUGGCAGGCUCCCUCUUGUGCGCCUUGGAGGCUGCCCCUCGACAGCACCAUGGAGCCCCCGGAGGUGCCCGUGGGCUCGCUGAUUGACUUCGGGACAGAGCUGCCAUCCUCCCCUCCCCUGGAGGCUGCACCUGCCCUCCAGGAUGGGGACGGCUCUCUGGGUGAGGCUGCAUCUGAGAGUGAAGCCACCGAGUCCGCAGACAGCGAGAACGAUGUGGGCGAGUCACCGUCACACCCCUCCUGGGACCAGGACCGCUGCUCCUCCUCUAGCGAGUCCUUCUCCUCUAGCCAGAGUGCAGAGUCGGCCCAAGAUGAGGAGGCCCUGGCUCUCCGAGAAUUCAUGCGUGGCUACGUGGACAAGAUCUUCUCCGGAGGGGAGGACUUGGACCAGGAGGAGAAAGCCAGGUUCGGGGAGUACUGCAGCAGCGAGGAUGGUAAGGGCCGAGAGUGGUUCGCCCGCUACGUGAGUGCCCAGCGCUGCAACUCCAAGUGUGUGUCGGAGCCAACCUUCUACCGCCUGGUGCAGUCCUUCGCUGUGGUGCUGUUCGAAUGCCAUCAGAUGGACGACUUCGGGCCUGCCAAGAACCUCAUGACCAUGUGCUUCACCUACUACCAUGUCGGCAAGCCGAAUCCCCUGCCCGCGGAGCCCAGGGAAAGGGCAGCUGGCAGCAUCGACGCCUACCUGAAGUCAGCCAACAGCUGGCUGGCCGAGAAGAAGGACAUCGCGGAGCGGCUGCUGAAGAACACGGAGAAUGUGAAGGGCUUCUUCGGGGGGCUGGAGACCAAGCUGAAGGGGCCCCUGGCCAGGAGGAGCGAGGAUGAUGAAAACAAACUCAAGGACAAGCAGCCCAAGACUGUGACAGUGCCCAGCCCUGAGGAGGAGCCAAAGGGGGAGAAGAUCUACCUGUACACACACCUGAAGCAGCAGCCCAUAUGGCACACGCUGAGGUUCUGGAACGCUGCCUUUUUCGAUGCUGUCCACUGUGAGAGGAGGAAGCGAUCCCCGACCACCAGAGGGGAUGCUGGAGAGCAGGAGGAUGAGAGGGAGAAGUGGUGCCACAUGACCCAGGAGGAGCGCGACGACAGCCUGCGCUUCAAUGAGAACAUCACCUUCGGGCAGCUGGGCACCUUCACCCACAACAUGCUGGCCUUUGGGCUGAGCAAGAAGCUGUGUGGAGACUUCCUGAAGAAGCAGGCCGUGAUCGGCAGCCUGGACCAGGAGCAAUACAAGCUGCUGAGCGACCACAUCGAGCAGAUGGCUGCUGAGUAGGAGACCACCGUGGACGCUGUCCUGGGCCAGCAGCCGGCCGUCACCCCUCCAAUGACCCUGCAUGUCACCAGCAGCGCCGGAGUCACCCUUGCUGCCCAGAACUAGCAAUAGAAGCCCCGGCUGCCCACCCUCCUCCUGCCAUCUGCCCAUGUCUGCACCCCAUCCACGUGCCAACGUGUCUCUCGAGGGACUGCUGCCCUGCAAGUACCAGGCUUGUGAGAUGAGCCCAAGAGGAGGAGGAUGGUGGCCACAGCCAGGGCGGGCACAGGGCCGCGUCCUGCAUGGACCCCUCUGAGGGCAGAGCAGAGGUCCAGAGGCAGCUGAGAGAUGGGCAGCCAGUGUGGACAGGACCACAGGGACACCACCAAAGUCUUGGGGGCUCCAGGGUCAGUCGCAGCUGCCUGCCCUUCCUGCCUGUCUCCCUCCUCUGGGAGGAGCUGGGAGUCACGGGAACCGAGGAGCACAGACACCUCCUAUUUUAGGGAGAGGAAGAGCCACAGGGUAGGAGACAGUUUGCCGUGCGAGAACUGACACCCUCUCGGGGGUGUGAGGACCCUGAGAACUCGCAACAGUUGAGGUGUCUGCAGGUACCUGAGAUGCAGAGGUCCACCACUCAGGCACCCUUUCAGGGUACCUGCACCCACAGCCUGCGCUUCCUGGCUUUCCCUGGGACCUCGCCAAUGCACCCCUUAUCCUGACUGCAGCCCGGGGAACCCUGGCCCUUCUGUAUGCUUGUGCCAGGCCAGCCCUUGGGGACUUGGGCCAGCAUCACAUGGGACCUGGUCCUCCACCUCCAGCAGCUGUGGCUUCAGUUGCUGACCUUGGAAUGGGCCAGCCAUGCUGCCCCUUCUGCCUCUGGCUCUUUCUGUGACAGGUACAGGCUUCCUCUCGGGAGCGCCUCCCAGAGCAGAGUGCGGGCGGCCAAGCCCUGGAGCACGUGUGUCCUGAGCGCUGGGCAAGAUGGCAGCGCUGGUGGGGGUGGGUGGCUGAUGAGCUGGCAUGUGAGUCACUUCAGCCUGUCCAGUGCCACCAGCCAGGAUGCGUGGCCAGCAUGCUGGAUACCCGGGCCCCUGUGCUGCGUAGGCACCCCUGCCUCAGCGUUGGGCGCCUGUGGUGGUGGCACUGGCCUCUGCUGAAUUGCUUAGGGAAAACUUGUCAAGUCAAGGCUGCAGGCCCAGCGUGACCUUCUGGACAUCUAUUCCCAAGGGAGGGGUCACCAGGCCCCACAGGGCAGGCACGGAGGCCAUUCCCACUAGUUGGCAUUAGUGGAAGUGCUAGACUCUGCCUGGGUGCCCCAGGACAUGCCUUUGUGUAGAAAAUGCUUGUGUGGUGGUUCUGCUGUGGUCAGCUUUCUAGGCAAACAUCCGGGAAGAACUCAGGCACAUGGCCACACAGCCUUGGGGGAGGGUGCGGGUCCGCUCCUCCUGGCUCUAGGGUCUCCUGGGGGGCACCAAGGCUGCUUUGGGCAGCUCUGAGAGGAGGGGGGAGGCCUGCUGUCCAUCUUCCCUCAUGCCUUGCUCCUGCAGAGUCCUAAGAUGCCAUGUUGUCCCUGAGCUGCGCCUUUGGUAUGCAUGUAACAGCCUCCUCGUGUCGCACACAGGACCAGCUCUGGCCUCACAGGUGACCUGUGCAGUACCACGUGGCAGACUUCAAUUUUCCUGUUGCCAAAAGAAGUGGCUGUAGAGUGGGGAAGGACAAGGGGUGCAGAGGGAGAGUCAGCAUCGAGCAGGUGCUCGGGCUCCCCAGAGCAGAGCCCCAGGUGGGUGCCCACUGCGCAGCCCGCAAGAGGCCUGGGACUUUCAUGCCCAGAGACACAGCUGUGUCCAGGGCGCUAUAGCCGAGGGUCUAGGAGGUCUCUGUGUAACCGGGUCGCCUGAUCAGAGGCUGGGACUGAAGCCUGGUGUGCCUGUGGUCCAAUCCCCUUGGUCAGUAGGAUUCCUAGAACGCCAGACAGUGGAUGGUUUACUGAGCCUGUUGUAGGCCUUAAGGGACUUUAAAACUGAGAGUUCCCUUGUGGGAGGGAGAAUGGACGCACAGGGCAGGGGCAGGGCUCCCUUGAGUGGCCAGCAGGGUCUGUGCUGGGCUCCGCACCCAGCCCCAGGACAGGUGCGCUGGUGUCUCAGGGCCCCCGGGCCCCAGGCUCCUUCCCUUUGGUGUCUGCCCCGAGCUAUCUGACCCACCCCAGCAACCUGCCCAUCUCGCUGGCCUUGUGGGACAUCCCUGGGAAGGGGAGCGGUGUGUCCAACUCACCGCUGACCUCUCCUGUGAGGACAGUGCAAGACGUGUGCUCCAGCCCUGGAUACUUCUGGUCCCCACCAUGCGCCUUCCCUCCCCAAAACCCUCACAGCUGUGCUGGGUCAGGGAGGGGUGAAGGGGCCACUUCCACACUGUCCACAGGUGUGCCCUCCACCCAUGUCCUGGGCCUCUGGACCUGCAGGUCACCUGCUCCCGGGAGGAGGGGAGCUCAGGACCUCUGUGGGACCAGGGCCACUUCCAAGGGCAGCCUGGCUCUGGGCUGCGGGGUGAGGACCGAGGGAGGCCUGGUGGGCUAUGGGAUCAGGUGUCUGCGUGGCUCCCCAGGGGCUCUGGUCACAUUGAAUGGCAUCAGAACUGCUGGGCCAUUUGAUCUGUAGCCCCAGGCUCCACCUGGCAAGGCCCCUCUCUUCCCCAGGGCUUUGAGAGACUGCGUGUCAGCCAGAUGGGGCCCUGUCCUGACUCCUUCGCAGGGCCCAAGCCUGGCACAGCCCCUCUCUGCCCUAGGCCAGAGGGACGUGCUCACGGGAGAGCGAUGGGGCCAGUGUUGGGGAGAAGCCAGCUCUUGGACAUGUGUUCUGGCUUAGCUUCUGGGAGGGGCCCCGAUGGGGCCUGGGACUGUCACUCCAGGGCCAGGGGAGCCACGAGAGGCCAAGUCAGAUGCCUGGUCACUGGGAAGUCCUGCCCCUUGGUGACAUGCUUGUGCUUCUGCAGGGUGUGGCUCACACUGUCCUCUGUCCUGUCACUUG